CUUCUUAACACGUCUGCUGCCUGUCUCAUUUUGACAGCCAUCUUUCCUCAGAAGAUAGCCUGAAAGAAGUUCCUCUGUUCUUCUUGAAAGGUGCAAUAGAAAAUCUUCAACAUGUCGGAAAAACGGAUGUCUAGUAGUAAAAAACACAGCCUGAAGAGCAUGAUGCUCGCAGUUGCAAAAGAUUUACUGGAUGCAGAGGAGAUUGAAAAGAAGGAAGAAAGGAAGAAGUACAUGGAAGAACACUGUCCUGCAUUGUCAAACCCAAGCUCCAAGGAGGAACUGCAGGAGCUUUGCAAAGAGUUACACUCAAAAAUCAGUGUUAUCGAUGAGGAAAGAUAUAUUCUAGAGCACAAAGCCAACAUGGUUGUCAGUGAGGUCAAAGACUUAAACAUCAAGAUCAUCGACUUGAAGGGCAAGUUCAAGAAACCUCCUUUGAAGAAAGUGCGCAUGUCCGCUGAUGCUAUGCUUCAAGCUCUGCUCGGCUCCAAACACAAGGUGUCCAUGGACCUGAGAGCCAACCUGAAACAAGUGAAGAAGGAGGUCAAAGAGGAGGAUAAGGAACUGCGUGAUGUUGGUGACUGGCGUAAAAACAUUGAGGAUAAGGCUGGCAUGGGUGGCAGGAAGAAGAUGUUUGAAUCUGAAUCUUGAAGACUAUUGUUAUUGGCAACCGAUGAUAAGUGUUUUGCCAUCUGCAGUACCAGUCAAAAGUUUGGACACACCUACUCAUUCUUUAGUAUUACUAUUUUUUUACAUUUUAGAAUAAAAGUGAAGUCAUCAAAACUUUGAAAUAACAAAUGGAAUUAUGGGAUUUAUGCAGUGACCAAAAAAUCAAAAGUGUCAAUGAUUUGUUGAUAAUCUACUACAUUUUAAACUCUUCAAUGUAGCCACCCAUUGUGCUGUAUUUUCGUGACUGUGCUAGACACAGUGCUACGUGCAACAUCUGUGCGCUAAGUCUUAUCUAAUAUUCGUGAGUGUGCUAAUUCCAUGUGCAAUGUUCAUGCCAGUGCAAAGCGCAAGUGGGCAUGGGUGGGAGUGUUUGUGCUAUCUGUGGGUGUAUUGUAUGUACGGAGAAUAAAAUGGCAGAAAGCAUAAUUUGCUAUUUUCCUGAGAAAUAGGUCAUUGCGCUAAGACGUUUGAGAACCAUGUAUAAUCUCAGGACAAAGUGUAAAUUCAGUUCCUGCAUUUGCAGUUUGAGGAUUCCACCAGCAGAUUAUCAAAGAACAAUCAAUCACUUUUAAAACUAGCUAUGAUUUGUUUGUCAGUAGAUCAAUAUAAUUAAUAAUAAUAAAAAGUUUACUUUGUUUAAUGCCUUUCCAAAGCUCAAAGACACUGUAAAGAAAUUAAACCUUAAACAGAGAAAGAUAUGACAAAUUUAUAUUACAAAACAAUGAACAAUGGGAGAGAAAAAAAAAAAUGUUUCAAGCAUCCCGUAACACCAUCAAGAUCACAGAUGAGACAGGCCGACAGAGGACACAUCGCGGUCUGGAUUUAGGAGGAAACACAAACAUCCUCUGUAGUAUUUCACCUCUAAAUCCCAUAGCACUACAACGAUGGCAGACAAAACGGCAGAGAGUUCACAGCAAGGAUUUAGUUAUUGCACAAUAGAUUGUAAGACACAAAUGGUCCAUAUUUCUAUUCUUCUAAUGCAUUACAUACAGCCUAUUUUCACCACCAAAUUCUUAUGAAUGGGCUGUCUACAUUAAUAUCGACAUUGCUUGACAGGGAAUGGAAUAUGUAAUAUGACGCAGAUGGUGCAAUAACCUCAGAAUUAAAUUGCACUUGACCCAGCCCAUUAGCACUUUUUGUGUGCGGUUUCACCAACCCACUUGUGUUUAGACUUGCACGAAAAUAUCAUCAUUUCAAGGCCAUGUCCACUGAAAUCAUAUAGUGCUGCGCUUAUGGCAUAGUGCUCUUAAAAUAAUGCCCCAAGUCUAGAUUUCAGCUCUGCACACUCUGUUCAUACUCAACCAACUUUAUGAGGCCCAUCCUGAGAUGCUUUUUAAACAGCACUGAAGGAGUUCCUAAGUAUGCUGGACACUUGUUGGCUGCUUUUCCUUCACUCUAUGUUCCAAUUAAUCCAUAAUAAUAAUAAUAAUAAUAAUAAUAAUAAUAAUAAUAAUAAAUUCAGUUGUAAUUUUUGCUUUGUAAAGAAAUUCAUACAGUACAUACAAGCAUUUAUUUUAUAUUUGUCUACAAAACUAAUUUCAAACAUUUUAGCAUAGGCCUGCAUUUUAAAAGGUCUUUGAGAUCCUGAGAAACAUUCAGUCAAGUGUCCAAACUUUUGUCUGGUACAGUAGAUCCAAUUACAGUAUGUGAAAUAUUCUGAUUACAAAGUAAUUAGUUACUGUAAUCUUAAGUAAUUCUUAAACACAAGUCAUUCUAAAUACUUUUUUUAGUCCAAAAAAGUAGUGUAAUAUAUUAAUUCUCUAUUAAGAUUACAGUUACUGACUUUCAGUUACUUUGAAGUACAUUACACCACAGUACAUUUAAAACAUGAAUUAUGUCCAUAUGUACAUCUGUUUGUUUCUGUGACAGCUAAAGGCAUAGCAAUAAUGAACAAGGAGGAAAUAUAGACAUUGUUUUGAAUUUGUUGAGCAGAAAAUAAACAUUUCUCUGAAAAUUGUUUAAGAAAGUAACUUUUUUUUUUAUGUAUUUUUUUUUUUAAUGUGAUGACUUUUUCCAUGAAGCAGUCAGUAAUGUAAUUUGAUUAAAAUGUU